CAGAUUCCUCGAAUCCCGGGAAACAUUCACACCAACGAAAACCUGAAUUGUUUUUUCGUAAAUGCCGGUUGAAAUUUCGGCGAUCAGGAGGGCGGAUACUCUGACACUCUGACUAAUACAGUGUUAAUUCCUCCCUGUAAUCAUAAUCUUUUCGCUAGCGACAACGUUGGUAAACGCAAGUGAAGCUCAUUAGUAAUUGGGCCCAGCUUCUUAUCUCUCAUGCCACCGUCUAGGGAAGCUAAAACCCGCGCGUAAAAACGCCUGAAAAGUUAAGGAGAGGAGAAAAAGAUGACCCAACGGCCCCCCGUUUUGUUCUUGCCCAAUUCUGGUUAAAAAAUCUGGUGUCUUUUACUGUUUGGUACAGAAUUUAGCUUUAUAACGAUUGGGGUUUUGGGAAUUUUGGGGGUGUGGGUUUAUGGGCAUUGUUGGUGUAGGCGUGUAGCUCAAUUUUCAUUCAAAAAUUUCGUGUCUUUAGCUUUUUUUUUUUGGUUCUCAGAAUUGGGUAUUAGGAAAGAUUGGACCUUUUGUGAUUGUUAGGGUAAUGGGGUUUAUAGGCAUUGUGUAGAGGUUUUUGGGUGAUUGAAUCAUGCAGCUCGGUGAAGGCGGCGGCGGUGGCUGUGGCGUCGGCGGCGAUGAUGAGAAGCAGAGGUGUAAAAGGGCUAAUUCAACAGUAGGGUGGAGGUGCAAAAAUAAAGCCUUGGACGGUGGUGUUUACUGUGAAAAACACUUGAUAUGGCACCGCAAAGUAGCUGCCAAAUCGAGGAUGAACAGGCUUCGUAAUUCCACUUCCGGGGCGGCCGUUUCCGGUGGUCGGAAUUCUGGUGCGGCGUCUCACGGUGACGGCGUUGUUCUUGCUGGGGGGAGUACGGAAACGGAAGUUAGGCGGGUGCAGAAACGGAAGCAUGAUGGGGUUUUGGGGUCUGAGAAUUUGAAUGUGGGAGUUAAGAAGAGAAAUUUGGAUAAUCUCGAAGGGAUUGCCCUUAAUGAUGAUCAAGGAGGGCUGGAGGGUUUGGGGGAAAAUAAGAAAAAUGCUGACAUUGACAAAACCGGGGAAAUUUUGUUGCAAUCUGUUGAUGCUUUUUGUGGUAAUGGAAUUGGAGGUGUAAAUAAGGAUGAGGGUGAAAGGAUUCAUCUUGAAACGAAGGCCGAGGAUAAAUCGAAUGUUCUUGUUGAAGGUCAUGAAAAGUCAUCUGUGAGUCAAUCUACUGGUACUUUAUGCAGGAAGAGGGGCAGACCGAAAGGUUCAAAGAAUAAGAAGAAACCUGUUUUAGGUGACAGAUCCGGGGCGGCUAUGCUGCCAUCUGAUGGUCACUGUGGUGGUGUGACUAUUGAGAAGAAGCAUGAUCUUGAACCAUUGAUAUUUGAAAAUAGUGAGGUUGGGGUAAUUGUAAAUGAAUUUUCUGUCUGUAGUGUUAGCAGAGUUGGGAUAAAAAUGGGGAGGGGCAGACCUAAGGGUUCAAAGAAUAAGAAGAAAACCGUUCUAGGUGAUGAAUCUGGGAAGUUGCUCUUGUUGGACAGCCAAUAUGGUGGUAAUGAAGGUAGUGGUAUGAUUGUUGAAAAGAAGAACGAAUGUGAAUUAGCGAUUGUUGUAACUGGAGAGGAUGGGGGAGUCCUUAAUGAAGUUGCUGAUGAUAAUGGAGAUGGGAUAAUCAACGAGAAGGAUGAACAUGAUUGGCCCAAUGAUCUAAGUAGCAAGAAAGUUUUUGCCAAUCCGGGUAAGAAAAUCAAGCAAAAGAACAUUGCAAUUGAUAAUGCAGAAGAUGGGGCUAUUGAAGUUGGGGAUGGGGCUAUAAAGUGGGAGAACGGACAUGAGUCGCCAAAGAGCAAGAAACGUGGCCGUGGCCGACCCAAGGGUUCAAAAGGUAGGAAAAAUCUGGCAGCUGAGAAUGGUGGGAGAAAAAUUGUAAAUGAAAACCUCAGGCAGAAGAAGGGCCGGGGCAGGCCCAAGGGCUCCAAGAAGAAACUCCAACUGAUUGCUACUAGUGAAGGCACAAAUGUAGACUCUGAACUGUCCUUAGCUGAACCAGGCUGUGUUCAGGAAUUGGAUCAAGCAGACCCAACAACUUCUGUCGUUGUGUUUGGAACAUCUGCUUACGGUAUGGAGGACAGCCUUGGUGAGAACAAACAAAGAAAUACUCGGACUUCACGCAGAAUAUCAGAAAAACAGUUGCAGGAUGCUAUCAGUUGGAAGGAUUAUGGGAGUCUAAUGUGCCAUCAAUGCAUGAAAAACAAUAAAGCUGGCAUAAUCAUCUGCUCAAAAUGCAAAAAGAAACGCUACUGCUUUGAAUGCAUUGCAAAGUGGUAUCCAGAGAGAACAAACAACGAAAUUGAGAAUGCCUGCCCUUUUUGUUGCGGCAAUUGCAAUUGCACAACUUGCCUUCAAGGGGAUAUACGAGCACAGGCUCACAAAGAGGAAGCUGAUAAAGAAGCGCAUUUGCAAAGGUCUCUGUAUUUGCUGUUAAAUAUUCUGCCACUUCUCAGGCAUAUCCAAGAAGAGCAAAGGGCUGAGCUAGAUGUUGAAGCCAGAAUACGUGGUGUCCAAGUGACAGAGGAAGAUAUAACAAAGUCCAUAGUUGAUGAGGAUGACCGAGUAUACUGUGACAACUGCAAUACGUCCAUUGUCAAUUUCCACAGAAACUGCCCAAAUCCUGAUUGUGCUUAUGAUAUUUGUCUCAAUUGCUGCCGGGAACUAAGAUGUGGUUUUCCACUGGGACUUACUGAAGCUCAAUCAAAGUCUGUUGAAAGACCAAGUGAUCAUAAUGCUGUUCUAAAUAAAAAGUCAUCUUCAGAUGUUGGGGAAAGGCCAGAUGCUCUCUUGGGGAAACAUGACAUGUCUUCCGGUUGGAAAGCAAAACCAGAUGGUAGCAUACCUUGUCCUCCUAUGGAGUGUGGUGGUUGUGGUUCUUCACUGCUAGCACUACGGUGCAUAUUUGAACCUAAUUGGGUGAGUGAACUAAUCAAAGGCGCGGAGGAACUUACUUCCAAUUGUCAGUUACCCGAAAUUGAUUUCUCGCAACCUUGUCCAAUGUGCCUUACCGUCAAUUCCGUGGGAAAGGGUGAUCACCAUAAUGUAAGGCGAGCAGCUUUUAGGGAGAACGGCCAGGAUAAUUUGCUGUAUUGUCCUAACGCUAUUGACUUGCUGGACCAAGAGUUUAUGCAUUUUCAAAUGCAUUGGAGAAGAGGUGAGCCCGUUAUUGUGAGAAAUGCUCAAGCCACGGCCUCUGGCCUCAGCUGGGAGCCAAUGGUAAUGUGGCGAGCUUUCAGAAAUGCAAGGAAAAAGUUGAACGAAGAGAGUUUCUCCGUAAAGGCAAUUGACUGCUUAGAUUGGUGUGAGGUUGAGAUAAAUAUUCACCAGUUCUUCAGGGGAUACUUAGAAGGACGCAAGCAUCGUAACGGGUGGCCGGAAAUGUUAAAGUUGAAGGAUUGGCCGCCAACUAAUUUAUUCGAAGAAUGUUUGCCAAGACACGAUGCUGAAUUUGUUUCCAUGCUUCCCUUCCAUGAUUACACCAAUCCUAGAUCGGGUUCUCUGAAUCUAGCUACUAAGCUCCCCGAUGGAUCCUUAAAGCCAGAUUUGGGCCCUAAAACUUACAUCGCUUAUGGAUCAGAAGAAGAACUCGGAAGAGGUGAUUCCGUGUCUAAGCUGCACUGUGACAUCUCCGAUGCGGUCAAUAUACUGACACAUACUACCAAAGUAAACUUUACUUCACGGCAAAGAAGAAGAAUUGAGAAAUUAAGGAAGCAGUUCGGGAUUGAAGAUUUGAAAGAGCUUUAUGGCAGUGCAAAUCAAAAGGAUACGGAGUCUGAAACAUCUGAAAUCAAAUAUAGUGGCGGAGGAAAAUUUGACGAUAAAAAUUCUUGCUUGUUAGAAAAUGGAAACGGUGAGAAGGAAGUUGAAGACCUAGAGCGGCUUCCCAGUAGUGAGUGCAUGGUUGGUCCUGAUACAACUUCCUUAGUUCUCGGGAUACAUUCUGAUUCUGGCACCGAUAGCUCAGCUCUUCCAGAAGCAGACAUCACCCUAGCAGAACAUCCUCUUGAAAGCGGUAAAGGUUGUCUGGAUGUUGAACAUGGUGGUGCUUUAUGGGACAUCUUCCGUAGAGAGGAUGUGCCUAAGUUAACGGAAUAUUUGCGGAAGCAUUGGAAGGAAUUUCGCCAUAUUAACAACGUUCCUGUGAAUUCUGUCGCUCAUCCUAUUCACGACCAGACAUUUUAUCUGAAUGAGAAGCACAAGAAACAGCUGAAGGAUGAAUUCGAUGUUGAGCCUUGGACAUUUGAACAAUACUUGGGCGAGGCUGUCUUCAUUCCUGCAGGAUGUCCACAUCAAGUUCGAAAUAGACAGUCCUGCAUUAAAGUUGCGGUUGACUUUGUAUCCCCCGAAAACGUUCAAGAGUGCAUCCGGUUGACCGAGGAGUUUCGCGUUCUUCCCAAAUCCCACAGGUCUAAGCAAGAUAUAUUGGAGGUAAAGAAGUUGGCGCUUUAUGCCGCUAGGGUUGCUGUUGAUGAGGCGAGGAAUCUAUUGAUGGAACUACCGUCAAGAGAAGAAGAUGAACAUGUUGAAGAAGGUUUGCUUAAUCCAAGCUUUGCUUCAUGUUGAGAAUAUACAUUUUUUGUUUACCAUUGCUACAUAUAGUAUAUGCAGUAAUCCGAGUUAUAGAGGGCUUUCCAUUUUGGGAAUAUUAUGUUGUAUAUCAAAAAUAUGAUUAAUUUGUCCCAGAACUCUAGAGAAGUAGUUAUGGUAGUUUUUUUCUGGAUACCAUUGUUUAAUAUGGUUAUGAUAUGAUGUGAGCCCUUACUAUAAAUAGAACAUUGAUUGAUAUUUU